CAGUCUCGCAGUAAUCCGGGCUGUGAAUGAACGCGGACUCGAGAGUCCAGCUGUAUGUCGCUCUCAGUGGGAGGAGAAGAAGCACGACACCAGAGGAGCAGUCAAAGCUCCCGCACACCCUCUACCGGAGAACACAUCCUCCCGCCCGCCCGGUAAUCUACACCUCACAUUCACUCACGCCCGCCGCGGCUCCGGGAGAGCCGGAGAAACACUUCCACGAGAGCCUGAAACCGACCGACAGCCUCCUCCCAAAAAAGACGCACCUGCUCAGAGUUCGGCCCACGGCCAGUCCGGGCUUCACGGAACCGACUCCGCCAGGAUGGACAAACUUUUCGCGUGCCUCUUCACCGCGAUCGGCGUCCUGGUGUCCGCGCGAGCGCAGGUGUUCAAAGGAGAUUGUGACUUCGAGAAGCCCUUCUCGUCGUGUGGAUACAGCCAAGGGCGAGACGAUGACCUGGACUGGGAACAGAUUGACACCAGUGAAAAGUCUUCGCUGGACCCGUGGGUGCCGCCGGGUUCUGCGUUCAUGAUGGUGAACUCGACGGGUCGGUUCGCGGGUCAGAAGGCUUUGCUCUUCACGCCGCAGCUGAAGGAGAACGACACGCACUGCGUCAUAUUCCAGUAUUACGUGGCGGGACGAGAGGGAGGACGGCCUGGACAUCUGAACGUCUACAUCAAGGAGAACAACAGCCCGAUGGGUUUGCCUGUGUGGAACACGUCUGGACCCGCUGGACGCAGCUGGAACCAGGUGGAGCUGGCCAUCAGCACGUACUGGCCCAACUUCUACCAGAUCGUCUUUGAAGCGGUGACCUCUGGGCAGCGCGGCUUUCUGGCCAUCAAGGAUGUCGUCCUCCAGGGCCAUCAGUGCAUGAACACACCACACUUUCUGCAUAUCAAAGGCGUGGAGGUGAACGCCAGACAGACCGCUACGUUCCUCUGCACCGUCAACGGAGAAUGGAGAGACAGCUUCAACCUCUGGCUGCAGGGAAUCGGCGGUCGGGAAGCUCCCAUGAAAGCGACCAAACCGUGGAAUAACCAGCGAUUUAUCGGCAUGUUUGAUGUGGUGAACACGACCAAACAGGACUCCGGCCGUUACCGAUGCAUCGUCCACUCGAACAUAGGCGUGGGAGUGUCCAACUACGGAGAGCUGACCAUCAAACAGCCGCCGGUUCCCAUCGCUCCUCCUCAGCUCAUGGCGGUCGGGGCCACAUAUCUCUGGAUCCAGCUCAAUGCAAACUCCAUCAACGGAGACGGGCCCAUCAUCAACCGCGAGGUGGAGUACCGCACCAUCUCCGGCACCAUGUACGACCUGCAGCCCGUCGAUAAAACCUCGCACAAGAUCGGCCAUCUUGACCCCGACACGGAGUACGAGAUCAGCGUGCUGCUGACGCGGCCCCUGGAGGGAGGAACCGGGGCCCCGGGGCCACCGCUGAGAGCCCGCACCAAAUGCGCAGAGCCCAUGCACGGACUGCGGCAGCUGAAAGUGGUGGACAUCAAGGCUCGUCAGGUGACGCUUCGCUGGGAGCCGUUCGGAUACAACGUGACGCGCUGCCACAACUACAGCCUGACGGUGCAGUACCGCGCCAGAGGAGGAGGCAAGGAGGAGAGCAGGGAGGUGGCGUUAUAUGACAGCCGGAGCUCCACCCCCCAGCACACCAUCCACAACCUCACGCCCUUCACCAACCUCAGCGUCAGGAUGCUGCUGCGCAACCGCGAGGGAGUCAGAGAGAGUCCUGAGAUCCACGUCCAGACCGAUGAAGACGUGCCGGGGGAAGUUCCUCUGGAUUCGAUCCAAGCCAGUGUGUAUGAGGACAAGAUCCUGCUGAAGUGGAGAGAACCGGCGCAGACCUUCGGCAUCAUCACUCAGUAUGAGAUCUCGUAUAAAGCCGUCAGCUCCUUCGACCCAGUGCUGGAUCUCUCUAACCAGAGCGGUAAGGUGGUUAAACUGGGGAAUGAAACCAGCCAUGUGUUUCUGGGUCUCUACCCCGGCUCCACGUACUCCUUCACCAUCAGAGCCAGCACCGCCAAGGGCUUCGGACCGCCCGCCAUCACCCAGGCCACCACCAAGAUCUCAGCUCCGUCGAUGCCGGCGUAUGAUCAGGAGACUCCUCUGAACCAGACUGACAGCACGGUUACGGUGGUGCUGAAACCCGCUCAGAGCCGAGGCGCUCCUGUCAGUGUGUAUCAGGUGGUUGUUGAGGAGGAGCGUCCUCGAAGGGCUCGUGGAGGUGAAGCGGAGAUCCUGCGCUGUUAUCCGCUGCCGGUUCACUAUCAUAACGCCAGCGGGCUGAACUCACAGUACUACUACAGCGCUGAGUUCCCCUCUGCAGGCGUCUCAUCUCCGCAGACGUUCACCGUCGGAGACAACCGGACCUACGGCGGAUACUGGAACGCCCCGCUGCUGCCACACAAGAGCUACAGCAUCUACUAUCAGGCCGUCAGUGCCGCCAACGGGGAGACCAAAAUCGACUGCGUCCGUGUCGCUACCAAAGCUGCUAUCUUGGUGACGCAGCUCACCACUCCUUACGUUCGCAUCGCUCCGGCCGCUGGAGACAACCAGCUAACAGGUGCGGCGACACACAAACCCAACGCGGUGGAGCCGGAGAAACAGACCGACCACACGGUGAAGAUCGCCGGCGUCAUCGCAGGAAUACUGCUCUUCGUCAUCAUCUUCCUCGGCGUGGUGCUGCUCAUGAAGAAACGGAGAACCUAUCAGUCCUACACUUACUACCUAAAGCUGGCGAAGAAGCGCAAGGAGACGCUGAACAGCACGAGACAGGAGAUGACGGUGAUGGUGAACUCAAUGGACAAGAGCUACACGGAGCAGGGAACCAACUGUGAUGAAGCGCUGUCAUUCAUGGACACACACAACCUCAACGGACGCUCCGGAUCUUCUCCGUGUUCUGUGACGGUGAAGACGAACACGCUGAGCAGUAGCAUCACAAACACGUAUUACCCAGACCCCUUCGUUCCCACUGCGAUCUUAGUCCCCAUUAAUGACGAGACUCAAACCCUGACCAGCGACACCAGCAGCCUGGUGCAGUCGCACACGCACACACACUCGUCACACACACACUCGCUGUGCAAGCGUGAGGCCGUGGACGUGCCGUACCAGACAGGCCAGCUGCAUCCCGCCAUCCGUGUGGCCGACUUGCUGCAGCACAUCACGCAGAUGAAAUGCGCCGAGGGCUACGGCUUCAAAGAGGAGUACGAGAUCAAUGAGAGCUUCUUUGAGGGUCAGUCUGCCGCCUGGGAUUUGGCCAAGAAAGACGAGAACCGCAUGAAGAACCGCUACGGGAACAUCAUUGCAUAUGAUCACUCGCGCGUGCGGCUGCAGAAUCUGGAUGGCGAGCAGAACUCUGAUUACAUUAAUGCUAAUUACGUUGAUGGCUAUCACAGGCCAAAUCACUACAUUGCUACACAAGGACCGAUGCAGGAGACCGUCAUCGACUUCUGGAGGAUGGUGUGGCAGGAGAACACGGCAACCAUCGUCAUGGUGACCAACCUGGUGGAAGUUGGCAGGGUGAAGUGCUGUAAGUACUGGCCAGACGACACCGAGAUCUACAGAGACAUCAAGGUGACGCUGAUCGAGACGCAGCUUCUGUCCGAGUACGUCAUCAGAAUGUUUGCGGUGGAGAAGCGAGGAGCUCAUGAGAUCCGUGAGAUCAGUCAGUUUCACUUCACCGGCUGGCCGGAUCACGGCGUUCCGUAUCACGCCACGGGUCUGCUGGGAUUCGUGCGCCGGGUCAAAGCCAAAUCCCCCCUCAACGCCGGACCCAUCGCGGUCCACUGCAGCGCGGGGGCGGGGCGAACGGGCUGCUUCAUCGUGAUUGACAUCAUGCUGGACAUGGCGGAGCGGGAAGGAGUCGUCGACAUCUAUAACUGUGUGAGAGAGCUGCGAUCGCGCAGAGUCAACAUGGUGCAGACCGAGGAGCAGUAUGUCUUUAUCCAUGAUGCCAUCUUGGAGGCGUGUCUCUGUGGCGACACCACCAUCCCAGCCAAUCAGCUUCGCUCCGUUUACUACGACAUGAACCGAUUGGAUCCUCAGACCAACUCCAGUCCAAUCAAAGAGGAGUUCAGGACGCUGAACAUGGUGACUCCGACGCUGCGUGUGGAGGACUGUAGCAUCGCUCUUCUGCCGCGCAAUCACGAGAAGAACCGCUGCAUGGAUGUUCUUCCUCCGGACCGCUGCCUGCCCUUCCUCAUCACCAUCGACGGAGAGAGCAGCAACUACAUCAACGCCGCGCUCAUGGACAGCUACAAGCAGCCGUCUGCGUUCAUCGUUACCCAGCAUCCUUUGCCAAACACAGUCAAGGACUUCUGGCGGCUGGUUCUGGACUAUCACUGCACGUCUAUCGUGAUGCUGAACGACGUGGAUCCGGCUCAGGUCAGCCCGGUGCCGUCAGGACUUCAUUUACUUGAUUUCAUGUCUCUGAACUGCUGGAUUUUCAGAAAAUACUUUUAA